AAACGUGGAAACAACAGAUCUGCAGGAGGAGCGCAGCGUGGCGCACAGAGUGAGAAGAUGGAAGAAUCUCUGGCUCCUCUGAGGAAGGCUGUGAGGGAACAGGGUGAUUUGUUGCAUCAGCUGAAGGAAAUAGGUGCCUCAGAGCAGGAGGUGAGCAAAGCUGCUGCAGAGCUGAAAGCCCGCAAGAAGAUCCUUGAAGCAAAGGAGCUGGCUCUGCAGCCCAAAGAUGACACCGUGGAUAGAGUGAAGCUGGACGAUACGCUAAAGAGGAGAUUCUUCUACGAUCAGGCUUUUGCUAUAUAUGGAGGCGUGAGCGGCCUGUACGACUUCGGCCCGGUCGGCUGUGCCCUGAAGAACAACAUCCUGCAGGCCUGGAGGCAGCACUUCAUCCAGGAGGAGCAGAUCCUGGAGAUCGACUGCACCAUGCUGACCCCCGAACCCGUCCUCAAGACGUCUGGACACGUGGAUAAGUUUGCUGACUACAUGGUGAAAGACGCCAAGACUGGAGAAUGCUACCGCGCAGAUCAUCUUCUCAAAGCUCACUUGAAGAAGCUGAUGUCUGAUGAGAAAUGCUCAGCGGAGAAGGUGACUGAGAUGGAGGAUGUGAUCACUCAGAUGGAUAACUACACUCAGCAGGAGCUGGCUGAUCUGUUUGUAAAAUUCAGCGUCAAGUCUCCCUCCACUGGAAAUGAGCUCACACCUCCCACCUCCUUCAACCUGAUGUUUCAAACGUCCAUCGGUCCAGGAGGAAACAUGCCUGGCUAUUUGAGGCCUGAAACUGCUCAGGGGAUGUUCCUCAACUUCAAGCGUCUGCUGGAGUUCAACCAGGGAAAGCUUCCCUUCGGUGCCGCUCAGAUCGGAAACUCCUUCAGGAACGAAAUCUCUCCUCGCUCUGGACUCAUUCGUGUUAGGGAGUUCACCAUGGCUGAGAUUGAGCACUUUGUGGAUCCAAAUGAAAAAGUACACCCUAAAUUCUCCAAUGUGGCCGACCUGGAGAUCAUGCUGUUCUCCUCCAGGGCUCAGACCAGCGGACAGUCUGCACAGAUCAUGAGGCUGGGAGAUGCUGUGGGGCAGGUAGGGAUCCUUUGACUGACUUGGCUUAUAGU